AUGAACGACCAAGACAAUAUAUUUACCCGCGACGAGCCUCUCUCCGAGCAAGAACACACGAUCCUAGCCAACUACGCCACCGAACCGCGCUACAGCCACGAAGCACUCGCUGACGGCAGACAUCAGCAACGGACGUAUUUUGACACCCCCAAAUGGGUCUUGAACUCCGGCCAUCAAGAACCGAACCAGGGCGCCGACCAACCCGGGGGCCCCCGCUCAUUGCGCCAGGAUGCAUCCAGACUGUAUGCCCCAUUCCCUGAGGGUAGUAAUGUGGGUGAUGGUGCCAAUCACGAGCAAGAGCAAAAUCGCUCGCUGGGGUAG